AUGCACGUCAGUCUGCAUAUUCUUUUGAGUCUUUGGUGUGAUCUCUGUUGGCAUCGAACGUCGUUAUUCCCGAACGAGGUUCACCACCCCGCCGAGUCGAAUCAGCUGGGAAGAGGACCGUCAUGUCCUUGCGCAGCUGCCCGGGUUCCUACACUUGCCUCUGGCCACUGGACUACGAACCAGACAACUGGUCAUUGCGACGGCGACCAUCCGAAGAGGAGGCUUCCGUACGGAGAAAAGAUGACCGCCACCUCAAAAUUAGUCGUUCUUUUUCCUCACCUAGAUAAUCUUUUCCUUCAUUCUUUCUCUCUCUUUUCUGUCUGUCUAUCUCUGUCCAUAUCUGUCUAUCUAUCUAUCUAUCUCUGUCUAUCUAUCUAUCUAUCUCUGUCUAUCUAUCUAUCUAUCUCUGUUCAUAUCUAUCUAUCUAUCUAUCUAUCUCUGUUCAAAUCUGUUCAUAUCUGUCUGUCUGUCUCUGUUCAUGUCUGUCUAUCUCUGUUCAUGUCUGUCUAUAUCUAUCUAUCUAUCGAUCUCUGUCUAUAUCUAUCGAUCUAUCUAUCUCUGUCUAUAUCUAUCUAUCUCUGUCUAUAUCUAUCGAUCUCUGUCUAUAUCUAUCUAUCUAUCGAUCUCUGUCUAUAUCUAUCUAUCUAUCGAUCUCCGUCUAUAUCUAUCUAUCUAUCGAUCUCCGUCUAUAUCUAUCGAUCUCUGUCUAUAUCUAUCGAUCUCUGUCUAUAUCUAUCGAUCUCUGUCUAUAUCUAUCUCUGUCUAUAUCUAUCUAUCUAUCGAUCUCUGUCUAUAUCUAUCUAUCUAUCGAUCUCUGUCUAUAUCUAUCGAUCUAUCGAUCUCUGUCUAUAUCUAUCGAUCUCUGUCCAUAUCUAUCUAUCUAUCUAUCUAUCUAUCACCCGCAACAAAUGCUUUCAUCACCCAUUUCCAAUCAUUAAAGUUGGAGAAGGCAAAUAUAAAAUUGGAGAGUCACAAACAUUGAUUUUUGUCAGGAUAUUACGAAACCAUGUGAUGAUGUUUUUUAAUCUUCUUGUCAUUUUUAUCACAUUUAAAAAAAUUCCUUUCUCCUUUUUCUCUUUCUCCUCUUCUCUUUUCUCCUCUUCUCUCUUUCUCCUCUUCUCUCUUUCUCCUCUUCUCUCUUUCUCCUCUUCUCUCUUUCUCCUCUUCUCUCUUUCUCCUCUUCUCUCUUUCUCCUCUUCUCUCUUUCUCCUCUUCUCUCUUUCUCCUCUUCUCUCUUUCUCCUCUUCUCUUCUCCCUCUGACACUUUUCCAUUCUCCCUCUCUCUUUUUCUUUUUAAUCAUAAAUGAAGGACAAAAAAAGAUUUCCUUUUUCUCUGCUCCCUUAUUAUCCUUCUUUUUCUUUCUUUCCUCCUUUUUCUUUCUUUCCUCCUUUUUCUUUCUUUCCUCCUUUUUCUUUCUUUCCUUCUUUUUCUUUCCUUCCCCCUUUUUCUUUCCUUCCCCCUUUUUCUUUCUUUUUGUAGGCUUUUCUUUGAUUCCCUUAAUUCUUUCUCCUUCUCUUUCUAACACCCCCCCACCUCUGCCCAUCAACAAAUUUACACUAAUUUUCUUACGUGACACAAUUCUCUUUCAUCCUCUCUUCACUCACUCAGCUAGAGGAUCUCUCUUUACAGCUCUCUCUCUCUCUCUCUGUCUUUUUAAGUUCUCUCUCUCUAUUUUGCUAAGGUAUUUUUCAAGUGACAUAUUCAACCUUUCUUCCUCUCUCACACUCCCAGAGUUUCUCUUUUUUCUUUUCUCCCCUACAUUUUCCCCCUCUCUUUUUCUUUCUCUCUGUCUCUCUCUCUCCCCACUUUUACUUGUCGAAGAUUUUACGCUAAUUUUCUCAUGUGAUACAGACCUUUCUCUUUCACUCUCUGCACAUAUAAUCUCAAGAGAGAACCCAAGCUAA